AUGAAGUACCUCAACAUCCUUACGGCUUGCGCCGGACUAGCUAUAGCCGUGCCAACCCUCAACCCUCGACAAUCUGAGAUCGACGAGGCCGACAAAAUUUGCAAAUCCCGUGGGAUAACUAAGGACCAAUGUCACGUUUAUAAGCAGCAUUGCCAGUUUAUAGAGGGCAUUACGGAGCCUGAUCAAUUGAACUACUGCGUGAAAGUUCUCGGAACCGACUGUAAGGAUGAUGGCCAAUGUGGUCAAGGGUAUGAGUGCAGAGAACAUCGUUAUAGACCCAAUCAACGUACCUGCUAUCCGAAAAAGAAACAGUCACAGGCCGGGAAGCAGGAGUCAGCUUCUUCUACCAAGGAGCCGACACAGGAUAACAAGCAAGAUUCAACUUCUCCUGCCAAGAACCAGACACAGGCUAGGGAGCAAGAGUUAGCUUCUCAACAAACUGAGAUCAACAAGAUCGAAAAAAUUUGCCAAAAACGAGGGCUCACCAAGGGCCAAUGUCUCACUUAUAGAUCGUAUUGCAAGGAGAAUAUGGGCAUUGUGGAGCUUGAUCAAUUGAAGCACUGCGUCGAAGUUCUUGGAACCCCCUGUAGGGGUGAUGACCAAUGUGGUCAUGGAUUUGAGUGCUACAAAGAGGCUUCUGCACCCUAUAAAGAUGGGGUGUGCGAUACAAAACAGUCACAAGCUGGGGAGCAGGAGUCGGCUUCUACUGCCAAGAAGCCAACACAAGAUACGACUACAAAUAUCGCAACUCCUACCAAGGAGCUAACACAGGAUACGACUAUAAAUAUCGCAGCUCCUACCAAGGAGCCGACACAGGAUACGACUGCAAAUAUCGCAACUCCUACCAAGGAGCCGACACAGGAUAACAAGCAGGAUUCCACUUCUCCUGAGACCGACGAGACCGACAAAAUUUGUAAAUCCCGUGGGAUAUCUGAGGACGAAUGCUCGUAUUUGACGAGGAUAUGCCAGGAUGUUGUCAAAGGGAAGCCUGAUCAAUUUAACCACUGCAUGAAAGUUAUCUUGACGUCCUGUGAUAAUGAUAACGAAUGUGAUGCUCAUGGAUUGGCGUGCCUAGAAACUUCUCUUAAAGGCUCUCAACGUGGUGCCUGCUUUCCGAACAUACAACCAGAGUCACAGGCCGGGAAGCAGGAGUCAGCUUCUUCUACCAAGAAGCCGACACAGGAUACGACUACAAAUAUCGCAGCUCCUACCAAGGAGCCGACACAGGAUACAACUAAAAAUGUUGCUACUCCUACCAAGGAGCCGACACAGAAUACGACUACAAAUGUCGCAACUCCUAGCCGUCCGUGUACCAAGAAGCCGAUCAAGUCGAGCGAGAAGAAUUCCGUUGUUGGGGCAAAGUCUACCCAGGCCUAG